CUACCGAUCCUCGGCCGCACGCCUAGACUAGACCCCCACCCCACGAACUCGACUCACGUCGCCCAAACGACGUCAAAGACUCCCGUCCGCCGUCCCUCCUCCUCCUCCCGACCAGAUGCUUCGCCGCCGCCACCCCAAUCCCCGUGCCUUCCUCCCACUGCUCCUCGGCCGCGGCUCGCCCGCCAAAACAGCGGCCGCCUGCGAUUCCCUACCUUCCCUCCCCCCUGUCCGGCAUUUCCUCGAACGCCUCCUGGGCGGCACGGGGGCGCUCUCCCACGCCGCCCCCAGCGCCGCCACAGCCGGAGGCGACCCCGCCUCCCUCACGGUACACUUCCUCCGCCACUCCUGCGGCCUAGCGGAGCCGGAGGCCGCCGCUGUGGCCGCGCGCGUGCGCUUCCGCUCCACCAAGAACGGGCACGCCGUUCUCGCGCUCCUCCGCGGCCUCGGCUUCCCUCCCGCCUCCGUCGCGCGCCUCGUCGCCGCCUUCCCUGCCGUGCUCUCCUCCACCACCAUCGGCGCCAAAUUCGACUUCUACCGCCGCGAGCUCGGCCUCUCCGACGCCGAGGUCCGCCGCUUCCUCCUCGCCAGCCCCAACCGCACCAUCACCGCCGGCCUCGACGGCCGCCUCCGCCCCAACCACCAACUCCUCAGGGACCUCCUCGGCACCGACAAGAAUGUGCUCUCCGCCGUCAAGCAGUCCAUGGACCUCAUCUACGAGAACCUCCAGGUCGUGCUUCUCCCAAAACUCAAGGCCCUCCGCGACCACGGCGUCACGGAGGAGGUCCUCAUCAAGCUGGUCACCACGCACCCCAAGGCUCUCGUGCACAGGUCCUCCCGCUUCGAUGACGGCUUGGCUGCCAUGAAGGACCUUGGGGUCAGCCCGUCCUCCGGCAUCUUCCCCUACGCCUUUGGGGUAUUUUCGAAAAUGUACGAGUCCAAAUGGCAGCGCAGGAUGGACAAUUACCUCAGCUUGGGGUGGACCGAGGAGCAGGUGAGGCGGGCGUUCGUCAGGCACCCGUACUGCAUGUCGGUGUCGGAUGACAAGGUCAGGCAACUCAUGCAGUUUUUCGCGGAGAAGCUUGGCUGGAGCCCCGAGUAUGUGUCGUCAAGCCCGACACUUCUUUCCUUCAGCUAUGAGAAGCGGGUCUUGCCGAGGUGCAUGGUGCUGGACAUACUGGCGUCGAGGGGUAUCAUCAAGCAGGGCAUAAAAUUGAGUCAUCUGACGAUGUCGGAGAAGAAGUUCGAGGAGAAGUAUGUCACAAGAUACCAGGAAGUGGUUCCUCAAGUAUUGGAAGCUUAUGGAUCCAGAACAGCUAUUGCUGUGAAGUAGCAGAAUGAUUCUGCCUUGCUCUACCUUGGAACAAAGGCACUGUCUUCUCCUUGCCCUUGUCCUCAAUUGUUCGAUUUUGUUAGUUGCAUGCUUUUCUAUCUGAGAUCAUGAAAUGCAAUGCACUUGGAGUCAAAGAAUGACUUAGGUCCUGUUUGCUGUUCUUUAAUACCGAUUUACAUCCCUUUUGGUGUUC